GUCCUCCAAAUGCAGUGAGGUUAGGAAGGACGUCUGCGCUCAGAUCAAGAAUCCAGUUACCUCAAAGCUCCCCAACUUCCACCUCCGCAGAGCUAUGAUGUCAUGGCAGGCACGCCAGAGGCCGAUGGAUGCAAAAGUGGUUUUCUGCUUUCGAUGAUGCAAUCAUUCAGCGACAGUGGCGGGCAAACCCCUCCCGGGGCGGGGGAGGUGUGAGCUUCACGAAGGAGGUUGAUACCAACGUGGCCACCGGCGCCCCUCCACGCCGCCAACGAGUCCCCGGGCGUGCGUGCCCUCGGAGGGAGCCAAUCCGCCGCCGGCGUGGGGCCCGGCCCGGCGGAGGUGGUGCUGGUAUCUGCGUCACCACCGCCCCUCCCAGCACUGACGGGCCUGAGGGAUGACAAGUUGACGCCCCUUUCGUCAUCACCUGGUCUAGGAGGGACGCCCGGGGAGACAGUACGUCACUGCUCUGCGCCGGAAGACCCUAUUUUCAGGUUCUCUUCCCUCCAUUCCUACCCCUUCCCCGGUACCAUAAAAUCCUGGGAUAUGAGCCGGAAGAGGCAUCAUCUGAUCCCGGAGACCCUUGGAGUUAAGAGGCGGCGGAAGCGAGGGCCUGUGGAGUCGGAUUCUCUUCGGGGGUCGGCGCGCGCGGCUGUCUCAGAACUCAUGCAGCUGUUCCCGCGAGGCCUGUUUGAGGACGCGCUGCCGCCCAUCGUGCUGAGGAGCCAAGUGUACAGCCUCGUGCCUGACAGGACCGUGGCCGACCGGCAGCUGAAGGAGCUUCAAGAGCAGGGGGAGAUCAGAAUCGUCCAGCUGGGCUUCGACUUGGAUGCCCAUGGAAUUAUCUUCACUGAGGACUACAAGACCAGAGUCCUCAAAGCCUGUGAUGGCCGACCGUAUGCUGGGGCAGUGCAGAAAUUUCUAGCUUCAGUACUUCCAGCCUGUGGGGACCUUAGUUUCCAGCAGGACCAAAUGACACAGACCUUUGGCUUCAGGGACUCAGAAAUCACGCAUCUGGUGAACGCUGGAGUCCUCACCGUCCGAGAUGCUGGGAGCUGGUGGCUAGCUGUGCCUGGAGCUGGGAGAUUCAUCAAAUACUUUGUUAAAGGGCGCCAGGCUGUCCUUGGCAUGGUCCGGAAGGCAAAGUACCGGGAGCUGCUCCUAUCAGAGCUCCUGGGCCGGCGGGCGCCUGUCGUGGUGCGGCUUGGCCUCACCUACCAUGUGCACGACCUCAUUGGGGCCCAGCUCGUGGACUGCAUCUCUACCACUUCGGGAACCCUCCUCCGCCUGCCAGAGACAUGAAGAUUCUGCUCAUCAUUGCUCAGCUCCUCAGAGUGGGCCGGGAGGGGACUAGAAGAGCUGCAUGAUGGUGGCUGAGACAGGGUCACCUUGGGAAGGCUUGGGAGCCAGGAUGAGUGUUGGGCUCUCGUGUGUGCAAAAGGUCAGAUGUGACUGCUGCUGUUUGCCUGGUUUCUGACCCAGUGGUGGGGUUUGAGCAAUGCUUCUCUGCCCUUCCAUGGAAAGUGGAACCAGAAAUGGUGCCAAGGCUGUGGCUGUUCCCUUUCGUGUAAAAUGGUGCUGUUAUUACUCUGUCUUGAAAUAGGAAGGUGGGAUUUCUGGGGAGGCUGGUGAAGGAGGGCAGGGUUCUUUUCCCUAUGCGUCAUGUUAAAAUUGCCAAAUAAAGUACCUCUGCCUGUGA